GAACUCCCUCUCCCCAGCCGUAUAAAGAGCUGUGCCCGCUCAGCUCCUCCACCACCACAUCCGACUCUGAUUUCCUGCAGAGGAGCCAAGUCAGGGGCCGCCAUGGUCAAGUUUCUGCUGCUGGCUUUGGCGCUGGGUCUGGCUCACGCUCAGGCUGAGCUUGAGGGAAAGUGGGUCACCGUGGCCAUUGCUGCUGACAAUGUGAACAAGAUAGAGGAAGGGGAACCUCUGCGACUCUUCCUCCGUGAACUGACUUGUGCUGAGGCGUGCGGUAGACUGGAACUCACAUUUUACAUCAAGGCGCACGGCCAAUGCAGAAAGACCAAAGUCGUUGGGAAUCGGCAGGAAGAUGGAAAGUACUACGCAGAUUAUGUAGGUGAAAAUACAUUCGGACCCUUGUAUGUAACACCAGACUUUACAAUCUUUGGCAAUCAUAAUGUGGAUAAAACUGGCCGGACAUCAAACAUGAUUUACGUUUAUGGAAAGGGUCAACCUUUGACUCCUGAACAAUAUGAAAAAAUUGAGGAAUUUGCUAAGGCCCAGAACAUCCCAACAGAAAACAUUCAAGAUGUUCUGGCUACAGAUAUUUGUCCUAAAUAAUGACCUCCUUUAGACCAUAACAGAAUGAGAAUUAUGCACCGGAUUCUCUUCACCAUGGAAUCAGUAUCACAUUCAGAUCACCAUUUCUUGUUACAUGGAUUUUCCCCUAACCUGUAAUGUCUGGAUAAAACAUACCAGAUUGCUGACAUACCUUUUCUUCCCCUUAUUAUGAUCUAUGAUCUCUCCUUACUUUUUGAAUGCUUAAAUAAAAUGUUUCAAAAAUCAAUAAAGACGUUUUGUAAUGGAAA